AUGUAAUUCUAAAUCAUUGGCAAAAAUGGUGUUGGGAAAAGAACCCUAAUUGAACUAUUGUAAUAGCAUUUCCAAUUGGAAUUGGUUACAUCUAGACCUGACGUUGCAAUCUAUUUAUUUGACAUUAGUGAUCAAAACAGCUUGGAGUACUUAAAAAAUCGUUACAAUCCAGAAACAUAAAAUAAGAGCACAUAUUUGAUUGGCAAUAAACUUGAUCUAAUCGAUCGAAGAAAAGUUUCGAGUGAAAAUGCCCUUAAAUUCUCUGCAAAGAAUGGAAUGAGCUACCAUGAAAUAUCCUGUAUCACCAAAUAAAAUGUUAGCCAUCUUAUCUAUACUCUUCAAUUGCAGAUGUAACAGAGUGGAAAUAUGUCUUAUAGAAACCAAAAGUCAUCCACCAUUUCUGUCCUUAAGUUUAAUCGCAUCUCAUUGAAAAACUGUAAUGUUUCUCAAACUGAAAGCGAAGUCUCCCCCAAUUCCAAUAGAAUGGAUAAUUCGUUAGGAAAUAAUAAUAACUAAAAAGUUAAUCAGUCCUUCAGAAAAUCUGAAUUAAAUGUAAAUUAAUCCUAAAUUCAUUUGAGAAGAGUCUAAACUUACAUUUAAGUAGAAUAAGAUUCUCCUCUAAAGAAGAAGAUUGAUAAUCAAAGCAAUUCUGCACUUGACGAUUCACAAAAUAGUCCAUCAAUCAAAUAAGAUCAAAUCAUGAGCUUUUCAAAUAAGAAUACUAAUACUAUCUAAUAGACUUAAUAAAAGUAACCAGAAGUGAACUCAACUAAAUUGAAUUAAUUAAGCAUUGAUAACACUCCUAAAAAUUCGAGAAUCAGCAGAUGGAUUGAAAAUGAUACUAAUAAGAAUUAAAAUUAAAAUUCUUAAGUCAUCUUUUAAAGAUCACCUUCUAAAUUAUAAUCUCAAGUUUUCACAAGCAGAUCAGCAUUUAAUGAAAUGAGUAAUUCUUAAGAUAAAUUCACAACAAUUUAAGAGGCUAUGAAAAGUGGAUUGGAAUAAUUUAAACAAUUUUAAGCAGAAAUAGAAGAAAAAGGUUUAUCGGAAAAUCAGAACUACAUUUAAGUUUAAUGCGAAAAGGUUUUCGACAGUUUCAAUUAAGAUUUAUUUUAAUAACAAGAAUAAAAAUUGAAACCAGAAAAAGUUCCAUUAAAAAGAGAAUCUAUCAAUAUUUAUGAAAUCUCUUAGUUUAUUAAAUAAGAGAAUGAAAGUACCAAUAAAAUCAAAUAUUUUCAAAACAAUUACUAUCAUCAUCAAACAAAGUCAACUACCUUAACAACUGAAUAAAAUCCAUAAUCUAGUCAAGAUUACAUUUCGAAAAUGGCUACUAACAAGUCUCUCAAUUAACCUGGCAAAAACACCAAUAGGAAUAAUAGUCAUAGGAAUAAAUCUUAAAAUAAUAUCGUUGUUCAAUUGAGAGAACAAGUCAAUACUUAGUUUAAUGCAACUCCAGAGAGAUAAUUAAAUUAUAAGUCCAUAACUCCAAACAAAUAACUCAUUAAAUAUGUUGAUCUGAAUGAUAAUAAGAAUGAGAAAUUAUUUACUGUUUAAUUCAAACUCAAAACAGGUAAAGUUAUCAAUAUAGUUAUGAAAAAAAAUGACAAUCUAAUCAAAAUUGCUCAGGAGUAUGCUCAAAAAUACAAGCUGGAACAUAAUGCUUAUCUUUAAUUACUUAAACUCUUAAAGGAUAAAUAUAGAACAAUUUUAGAAAAUCAUCAUAUGUGA